AUGGAUCGAAAUAUCGACGAGAGACGAGGGCAAGUUGAAAAAGCGGGUACUGAAGCCAAAACAGUUCUCGCCACUGAAUUAAGUGAUUUAUCUUGUGAAGAAAAUGGUAUAGAUAAUUUAAAAUCACGUUCGUCUUCUGCUGAAAGUAUUUAUGAUUUAAUAGAAGAAGAAAGUGUUAAUCUUUCAGAUAAUGAAGUUGGUAACGACCAAAAAGUGAGUGUAAACAAUUCUUGUUUUGAUAUAAGCGAAAAUGCUAUAAAUGGCGAAGUUAGCACAGGUAACUCAUCAGAAAAUCUAGAGGAAUUCGAAGAAGUGGAAUGUGAUAAAGAGGAAGAUAAUAUUGAUUGUAAUUCAAUGGAUGAAGAAUUUGUUAUUGUUGACGACGCUUCUGAAGUUCAGGAGGAGAAGAAAGCUGAUUCACCUCCCGAGAAAAAUGCCUCAGAUCGUUUCUUAGAAAUCGAUGAAAUAAUUGAUGAAUUUGCCGAAGAAGAAAACAAAGACAGUAAAGUAUUGAAAGUCGACCCUGAAGAUGAGCUGGACUCGAUAUUUGAGGAAUUUGUGGAAUCCGAAAAGAAAGUUACUGUCUCAAGUACUUCAUCUGAAUUACCUACAGUUGUUUCUGCUGAAGGUGAUAAAGAAAUCGAAACAUUAUUAGAUGCUUUCAAAGAUCAAAAUGAUUCUGAUGAUGAUUGUUUAAUCAUUGAAGAUGGAAAUGCUUCUGAUAGCAAACAGUUCUCUGAAGCCUCAUCAGGGGAUAGCAACAAAACGAUCCAAAAACCAAAUGAAUUGAUUGACGGAUCUGAGAAUACUGUUCUCAAAAAUGAAAACCCCGUCAGUGUCUUGAAAAACAGUUCUAGUGAUCUCCUUAGCAGUGAUGUAACAAAUACUAUCCCAAAUCAGAACGAGGUAAACAGUUAUAUCAAAAUUGAUCAAACUACUUCAAGUGAAAUUUGUAAAAUAAAUCAAAAAAUUUGUGAAGAACGUGUGGAGGAAAAUAAAAGUACCUCUAGGGAGGACAAUUCUCAGUCUUACAAUGAUCUGAAUUCCAAAGCACUGUCUGAGGCAGUUGCUGUAAAAGCAAGUGAAGCGGGAAAAGUUCUUGAAGCUGUUAUCAGUAAAUGUGUUAGUAGUGCUGAAAACCUGUUUAGUGAUGAAAUUGUGGAUGCAAAUAAAUUUGAUAACACAGUAAGUUGUAGAAAAAGAAAAGCAUCUUUAACAUGUGAGAAUGUAAAAGGUGAAUGUGAAGAUGAUGAAUCAGCUCUCUCAAAUAUUGUACAUUAUUUGGUUAAGCAAACUGUAGCCACAUGUGAUUCAACAAAUGAAACUUGCUGUAUUGAGGAUGAUACUGAAAUUGUUAACAGAGCUCCCGAUAUUUCUAUUUCGCAACUGUUGACCAGUGAUUCUAUGUCAGGUGAAGAGGAAACAGCUAAAAGCUCUGAUUUAGAUAACAAUAUUAAUAAUGAAAUUGAUGUGUCAGGUGAUGUGUCUGAAAUGCCAUCAUCUGAAGAAAUUAAACAGAACAGUUCCAUUAAACCUUGCAGUGUAGUAAUAAACAUGUCAUGUGAAGAAUCAGACUUGCAAAUCUCACUGAAUUCUUCAGAGAAAAAAGCAAGUGAAUCUAAUUCGAAAGCUUUUUCUGAUGACAUGAUGGUAGCAAAUUCAAACUUAAACUUAGGAAUUUCUGUAUGUAGUAAAAGUAACACCGAAGAUGAUGAAGAUGUUAGUGACCUGCAAAGCAAAUCUCCUGUUGUUUCAGAGGUAACACACAGUCUGGAAUCUGAGAAAAAAGGCACUCAAAAUGAUAAAAAGAGAAAAUUUGAUGUUACAGAUUUUUCAGAUUCAGGAUCUCAAACGAAAAAAGUAAAAGACAAUGAUACGGAGACAGAUCUAAGUGGUGCUAAUAUUUUAAAUGAAAGUAAAGAAAUGCUCGAUGAUGAGUCUAAGUCUGAGGAGUCCAAGUCUGAAUUUUCUGAAAAGAUAGUUGAAGAAGCUCAUUCAAUGGCUGAAGAAUUAAAAGAAGAAAUACGUAAUUCCCCCAUAGAUGUUAAUUGUAUACAUCAAACAAGUAAAAGAUGGUUAAAUAAUUUUGCUGCAUUUUUGGUCAUGAAUUAUGUUGAAAACUUCUCUGCAGAGAUAAGUGUCUUUGAGAAGAAAAACCAAGCCUACUUAGAGCAGUUAAGAUCAUUUGACAGUUUUGAGGAAAUAAAAAAAACUUUGUCUGAUUUUAUGAAUACCCAGCAAGCUGCUUUUUUAAAACAUAAUUUUAAAAAUAAGUUGUUAACAAGAACAGUCGGAGUCAAUGUGAAAAUAUACAAGAAUUCUUCACUUCCAAAUUCACGUUAUGCCGCUGGUGGAACUAAUGCAGUUAAUUCAGAGCUUUCCCAGAGGAACAACAUCACAAUAACACCUGUAAAUCAAUUGAAUAAACCUGUUCUAUCUCUUCCCAUGCAGCAGCAAUUUGCAAGAAGAAUGCCUGUCUCUCCUGUUUUAAAUCAAGUGAGAAGACCAGGACCACCUAAUGUAACAACAAGUCUUACUAGUGAAAUGGUACCUGUGUUUCGAAGUCCCGGAAACAAACUUGUUACAAAUCCUCAAUCAAUGGUUGUUUUCUCUAACCCCAUGGGCACACCACCUAGAGGUCAACUUGAUUUGACAGCUGAAGAAAUAGCCAAUAGGAAAACUGCAGUUACCACUCAGUCUUAUGUUCCCGGUUCAUCUUCAGGGGUAGCAAAAGUUCUCACAGGUGUAAAUAGCAAUCAAAAUGUAUUAGUUCCAUUCAGCAACUUACUUUUACAACGCCCAGUUAUUCCACAACUGCCACCCAAUAUGAUUGGAGCAAGAACGUUGACCUACAUCGUACCACCAAACUCAGGACCAUUGUCUUCAAUUGGAGGACGAGCAAUACCUCCUUUUAUAUCAAGCUCUGGUCAGCGUGUACAACUUGUUGUUCGUGUUACGAAUCCAAAUUCUCUUCCACCUGCUAGUACUGUUGUUAACAGUCUUGCUAAAAUAGCCUCAACAUCAUCUCAAGCAUCAACAAGCAGUUCUAACUCUCAACCAUCACCUGGAUUAGUUCUCAUAAGUCGUACCUCUAAACAUCCAGCACCAUUUCCUGCUGCCCCCACUUAUCAACCAAAUAAUAAACUAAAGGCUCUUCCACCUAAACCUUCUCUGAAAGGCUCAAAAGCGCCUAAUGGCAUUAUUUUAUCUUGGAAUAUGUCUGUGUUUAGUUCUCAUGCAGAUAUUGCAACAUAUCAGUUAUUUGCUUACCAAGAGUCAAAUGGCCCUGUUAGUUCCAAUCUGUGGAAGAAAGUUGGAGAUGUGAAAGCACUUCCAUUACCGAUGGCUUGCACUUUAACACAGUUUCAAGAAGGACAUCGCUACUACUUUACUGUUCGAGCUGUUGAUACAUAUUCGCGAUUCGGGCCAUUCAGUGAUGCUGUUACUAUUUUGUUUGCGGAUGGUGACCCUCCUGUGAAUCAUUAAUAUCUUAUAUCAUUUAUCUAUCGAUCACAUCAAAUCAAAGUGGAAAAAAAAGUAUAUCCUUAGUUAGGGUUCGUCCAGAAAUUAUGUCACGCUUAGAGGGGGAGGUGGUUCAGAAAAUUGUGACAAGGGGGUAGCAAAUUCGUGGCAAGGAGAGGGUAACAAUGGGUCUGACGUCACAUAUUUUUAAUAAUAACAGUAUGCUAUGAAAAACAGCGUGACAUGUAACAAGGGGAGGUGAAGGUGUAAGGAGAAGUGUGAUACUUUGUGACAAAGAAAGAGGGGGUCAAGUUUGCUGAAAAAAAGUGUGACUUCAUUUCCGGACGGCCCCUUUUAUCAUGGUUUCAGUUAGAAGUAAAAAAGAAAGAAUAAAUGAAGUAAUAUCUUGUUGUGUUUUUUUAUUAUGUAAAUAUUGUUUUGAUCACACCACAAUGGUAUAGUCCUACAAGAAAGGAGGGGGAAAAUAAGAGCAUUAGUUCAUGAAAUCAAAAGAUGUGGGGAUGCUUGUGUUGAAAUUUUAAAAAAAGGGGAGGGGGAUGCUAGUGUGAAAAUAAUGAAGGGAAUGACUCGCCCCCCCCCUUUCCAUCCCACCACAGAUUACAGAGAAAUCUAUUUGUUUGAUAUCCUCAUAUUCAUCUCUCGUUAUUGAAAUUUCCAGAGCUACUUCAGCAAAUCAUUUUUAGAAAUAUGUUAUUCUCGUGAGAAAACUCAUCUUACAUCAUUGACAUUCAUCGUCUAUCAUAAGAGUUUUCUUGUUUGAUUUGAGUUGCGCAAUUUUUAAUAAUAUUCUCGCAUUAUUAAAUUUGCUAAAUAUACUUUGCUCCAUUCACUUAACAUUGGUUUACCUUCUGGUCAGAAAAAAAUCUACCUUUUUGAUUUGUAAUAAAGAAUUUAAUUGGAUCCGAAUAAUGUAUUUUUCUGUUUAUUUGUAUUUAAAAUUACGAUUAAACUGAAUAUAAAUGUGUUUUUUAAAUUAGUUUUAUUGAUUAUAUUUUUAAAAAGAUAAAAUUUAUUCCUUAGUGUUAAGUUUUUAUGUUUUUCUUCAGACUGGACAAUUAACAGUUGGAAAUGACAAUUUUCCAAAACACAGUGUUAUUAAUGUGUAUAUAUAAAUAUAGAUCAUGUUGUAUAAUUUUCAUGCCAUUGUGUAUUGUUUUACACACUAAAAUAACCAACCCAAUGAACUGAUGUUCAAAUUGUAUUGUAAUUAUUGCAAAUGUAAAAUAAUCUUUUUGCAUAAUAUAUUUUAAUAAAAUGU